AUGCAUGCAGUUCUUGUAUGGGACGCUAAGAAUUCGGACUUCCUAACCAGACGUCGAGAAGCAACGUCUGAGGCUUCCGAGCAAGGAUUCGGCCAGGCGCUGUGCUCGGCAGGGCUUCCGGGGGAAAAAAAGAGGCCGAGGAGCGCGGGGUCGGACGGCAAGUGGACACGGAAGGCGGGUGAGCUGCGGAGAACAGAGACGUCCGGGAAGACGGACUGGUCUGCGGCGACGACGACAACAACGAACGAGGCGAACCGCCCCCUCAGGCACGCCCGCGACGGCCGGAAGAACUGCUUGGGGUCCGCCCGGAGCGCGGGGGCCGCCGGGAGAUGUGUCUAUGGAAAGCCGGCUACACAGCAAGCCGGCAAAGGAAGACCAAACCCUACAAAGCGGAAUAAGGGGACCGUCCGACGCCUCCCCGCCCUGCGCCGUUUCCUCGGGCCGUGUCCCCCCGCCGCCGCAGCGCGGCUCCGCGCCCCAUUUUCCCUCAGGCGGCGCGGCGGGCAGCCCACCGCCGCGGCGAGGGGGCGGGGCGAGCUGGGGCGGGGCGGGGUCCUGGCUGGGCGGUGUCGCACGCUCGGGGGGCCGCGCCGGGUGUACCGUUCCUCUCUCCAGCGCCUGAGGUGGCUCUGGCUCGGAGAGCCGUUCGCCAGGCUCCACGGGGACCUCGGUGCACGGAUGGACCCGCCCGGACCCGGCGGGAAGCGGCCCGGUAGGGCCGGGCGGCCCCGGCGGCGUCAGCAGAGGCAGGACGGGGCCGAGGCCGCCGGCCCCUGA